ACGUCAAUGGGACGCGCCCUCUCAAAGUUAGAACAGGCGCCACUUAGAGCGGGCUAAGGUUGAAGUUUCCUAUUGCAGGCAGCCGCACAGUUAAAUAAUGGAACUGACAUCAAUAACAAGCUAAAGUAUUACAAACUAAACACAACAGCAACGUCAUCCCCCCGACUGUUGCUAGGAUACCAACCCACUACAAUGACGAGACGAGCGCUGAAUGCUGGGUAAUACAGUACAGCAAGAAUACUUCCGCGGAUCCGCUCUCGCGGUGCAUGUUGGAACUUGUAGUUCAGAUCUGGCAGCAUUUCAGGCUGGCGGGAUGCGGAGGCUGUAUGAAUGGAGACAUGUCAGACAUUAGAGACCGCAUAACAUAAUAAUGAUUCACGAGUUGCUUUUGGCUCUGAGCGGGUACCCCGGGAGUAUCUUCACCUGGAACAAGCGGACGGGUUUGCAGGUGUCGCAGGAUGUACCAUUUCUCCAUCCCGGUGAAACCAGCGUGUUGAACCGGCUGUGCAAGCUGGGGACAGAUUAUAUUCGCUUUACAGAAUUUAAUGAACAGUACACAGGACAUGUGCAGCAACAGGACCACCAUCCCUCACAACAAGGGCAGGUCGGCCUGCAUGGCAUUUACCUGCGAGCAUUUUGCAGAGGCCUUGAUUCAAUGCUUCAACCUUACAGACAAGCCUUGUUAGAUCUGGAGCAGGAGUUCCUGGCUGAUCCACAUCUUUCAAUAUCUCACAUUAAUUAUUCUCUUGACCAGUUUCACCUUCUGUUUCCAUCAGUCAUGCUAGUGGUGGAACAGAUCAAAAGCCAAAAGAUUCAUGGCUGUCAGAUACUGGAGACUGUGUACAAGCACAGCUGUGGAGGGCUGCCACCUGUACGCAACGCAUUAGAAAAGAUACUGGCCGUGUGUCAUGGAGUGAUGUAUAAGCAGCUUUCAGCCUGGAUGCUUCAUGGACUUCUGCUGGACCAGUAUGAGGAGUUCUUUGUUAGGCAAGGACCAUCAUCUGGAAAUUUAGUUGCAGCAUCUGAGGAAGAGGAAGAUGACUUAGGCAUUGGGGGUCUUACUGGAAAGCAGCUGCGAGAACUGCAAGACUUGCGUCUUAUAGAGGAAGAGAACAUGCUGGCCCCAUCCCUCAAACAAUUUUCACUGAGGGCAGAAAUGCUGCCAUCAUAUUUUCCAGUGCGGGUUGCAGAGAAGAUACUGUUUGUGGGUGAAUCCGUCCAGAUGUUUGAGAAUCAAAAUGUAAAUAUGUCUAGGACAGGUUCCAUCUUAAAAAACCAAGAAGAUACAUUUGCAGCAGAGCUACAUCGACUGAAGCAGCAGCCUGUCUUCAGCUUGGUGGAUUUUGAAUCUGUUCUUGACCGAAUCAGAAGCACAGUAGCCGAGCACCUGUGGAAGCUUAUGGUGGAGGAAUCAGAUCUACUGGGUCAACUCAAGAUCAUUAAAGAUUUCUACUUACUAGGGAGAGGAGAAUUGUUCCAGGCCUUCAUAGAUAUUGCCCAGAAUAUGCUGAAAACUCCGCCUACUGCAGUGACUGAACAUGAUGUUAAUGUAGCCUUCCAAUUAUCUGCGCAUAAAGUUUUACUAGACGAUGACAAUCUUCUUCCACUGCUGAAUCUGACAGUUGAUUAUCAUGGAAAAGAACAUAAAGAUAUGUCCCAGCCCCGGGAAGGUCCAUCUCGUGAUACGUCUCCUAGAGAAGCCCCAACAUCAGGAUGGGCUGCCCUUGGCCUCUCCUAUAAAGUACAGUGGCCCUUACAUAUUCUCUUUACGCCAGCAGUGUUGGAGAAGUACAAUGUCGUUUUCAAGUAUCUACUGAGUGUGCGCCGGGUGCAGUCAGAACUUCAGCACUGCUGGGCUCUUCAGAUGCAGAGAAAACAUUUAGAGUCAAAUAAAACCGAUGCCAUCAAGUGGCGGUUACGUAACCACAUGGCUUUCCUGGUGGAUAAUCUUCAGUAUUACUUGCAGGUGGAUGUUUUGGAGUCUCAGUUCUCUCAACUCUUGCAGCAAAUCAACUCAACGCGGGAUUUUGAGAGCAUUCGCCUGGCACAUGACCACUUCCUAAGUAAUCUGUUGGCCCAGUCUUUCAUUUUGCUCAAACCUGUUUUCCACUGUUUAAAUGAAAUCUUAGAGUUGUGCCAUAGUUUUUGUUCAUUAGUCAGCCAAAACCUCGGCCCCCUGGAUGAGCGUGGAGCUGGGCAGCUAGAUAUUCUUGUGAAGGGCUUCAGUUGUCAGUCGUCGCUUCUAUUCAGAAUUCUCUCCAGUGUGAGGAACCACCAGAUCAACCCUGACCUGGCCCAACUUCUGCUCAGAUUAGACUAUAAUAAAUAUUAUACACAAGCAGGAGGCACACUUGGCAGUUUUGGCUUAUGAAGACAAGAUUCAAAGGCCAGCAGAGUGCUAUCGAUACUCUGGCUUUAAAGACAGAUACUGGAUGCAGCAAUAUAGGAAGACAGGGAAAACCAUCAAGACAGGCACCAAGAUUUCCCAGUAUUUGUUUUAUUUCAGUACAACACUGAGCAGGUGGAGCAAAUGCACUAAUAUUUACAGCUGAGCAAGAUGGAUGAAAAUGGCUUUGCGAAAAGAACAUUCAUUACAGCAGAUUCACUGGUCCUUUCCCAUUAUAUUGCACUUAAUGUUUGGGGUGUUUGUUUUCCUGUCUUGAAUAGAAAUUUAGGUGGAUGUCACUAGGUCUCCAACCCUGGUAAUUGUAAAUAUUCAUCACGUUCCCGAAUUUGGGGUUCAUUAAUGCUUGUAAUCAAGUCUUAGGUCUUUGUUUAAAGGACACCUAUCACCCCGGAAAUGCUUCUCCUGCCAGAGCUGGGGACUGACAUUUCAGGGGUGAUAGGUGUCCUAUAAAAUCAGAAUGUAGAAUUUAUGUGCAAGGGCCUUUAUAGAAAGAGAAUCAACGACAUAAUACUGAUGCAAAUAAAAAGUUUAGGCUUUAUUGCUGUGGUUACUGACCUUUCUAACAGCUGCCAUGUAUACAUUCCAUUAUAAACAGGGCAAAAUAUCUUAAUGUGGAUAUGCCCAUUUUUUUGGGAUUCCAAAUCCUAAUUUGCAUAUACAGAAAAUCAUCUUUCCAUAGACAUAUUUGACUUGGCUGAAACUCUAAUCAAAUCUGGAAUUUUGUACAUCCCCAGAUGAAAGGAUCAGAAAGGAAUACAUUGUGUAAAACCACAAAUAAAUAACUGGGAAUUGCUGCAA